AUGAUCAGCGAGAGGCCGCCUCGUAAACCUGACCUGAGAUCCCAGCUGGCUCUGAAGUAUCUGGACCCAGCUUUCAGUCCUCUGACCAACGCUCUGGGCGAGGACCUGCAGAACUCCUCCAGAUGGACCUACAACAGCUCUGCUUUUCUACAGCUGAAAAACGACAUCUCUCAAUACAUCGACAUCCCCCACAACUUCACACUGACGAGAGACUCAGUCCGAAUCGGACAGCUGAUGCACUACGACUACUCCAGCCACAAGUACGUUUUCUCCAUCGGCGAGAACUUCCGCUCGCUUCUCCCCGAGGUCUCGCCCAUCCUCAACAAGCACUACAACGUGUGCGCCGUGGUCGGCAACAGCGGCAUCCUCACCGGCUCACGCUGCGGCCCCCAGAUCGAGAAGUUCGACUUUGUCUUCAGAUGCAACUUUGCGCCGACGGAGAUCUUUAAGAAGGACGUCGGGCGUCGGACCAACAUGACGACCUUUAACCCCAGUAUCCUGGAGAAAUACUACAACAAUUUACUGACUGUGCAGGACAGGAACAACUUCUUCCUGAGCCUGAAGAAGCUUGACGGUGUCAUUCUGUGGAUCCCGGCGUUUUUCUUCCACACGUCGGCCACGGUGACGAGGACGCUGGUUGACUUCUUCGUGGAGCAUCGAGGUCAGCUGAAGGUCCGGCUGGCUUGGCCUGGAAACAUCAUGCAGUAUGUCAACAGCUACUGGAAAACCAAGCAGCUGUCGCCGAAGCGCCUGAGCACCGGCAUCCUGAUGUACACGCUGGCGUCCACCAUGUGCGACCAGAUCCACCUGUACGGCUUCUGGCCCUUCGGCUGGGACCCCAACACGGGCAAGGAGCUGCCGUACCACUACUACGACAAGAAGGGCACCAAGUUCACCACCAAAUGGCAGGAGUCCCACCAGCUGCCCGCCGAGUUCAAACUGCUCUACAAGAUGCACAGGGAGGGACUGCUGAAGCUCUCCCUCUCCCACUGCGCGUAGGCCUCAGAGCUGGGUGUGAAAACCUUUCGGACUCCUUCCACGGGCCGGUUGUCAGGACGACAAGGCAGACGAGGGAAGGUGUCAUUGUGGCUUCCUGUUGGUGCGCUGGGAACCGUUUGCGCGGUAAAGCAACAGCGCGAGUGACAAAGAGUCUGUUCUUUUUCUAAUUGCCAAAGGUUCUGAAGAGCAAGGCGGAUGGACUUUUGGAAGACGCAGCUUCCGCUUUGCUUCAACCUUGAAUUGCUUCAUGGUGUUUUUAUUUGUCACUCUUAUCACUACAAAUAAGACUGACAUGGACGCUGCAUCAGAGAAGGUAGAUUCCUUCAGCACGAAAACACAAAAGCUGAAGGCGGCUCAAGUGUGGCUGUGAUUUCACGUGGUGCCACAAAGCAAAACCCUGAUCAGGCCCAUCCAAUAUAGAUGGAAGCAAAUGCAGAGAUUGUCGUGUGUGUUUUAUAGUUUGUAAAAACCUCUGUUGUGUUAUUAUAAAACACAGUGCAGUGUUUUGGCAUCAUAUAACCUUUAAUCAAGAUGGACUCCCUGAAUCAUAUUUAAUUGCACGACUUGCACCUGAAGCGACCACCAACAGGCCUGUUGGUUGUUUUAACACAGUGCUCCUUUCGGCCUGAUGCCCAGUAGGCAGCAAUAUGGUAGUUUGAUUACUGUGGCAGAGGUAAACAUUGGAUAUACGUGUAGUGUGAAUGGAAAAGCAUUCAUCUUGGGAAAUUAAGCUUCAUCUUGUCAAUACUUCCGUAGAGGAUUAGGGCCACGUCCAAAGGAAUCGGACUUUGGGCUACAAUUGAAUAAAUAAUUCAAUCAUAUUGUUGGAUGUUAAACCAUUUGGAUCCACCAGGAACAGUACAGAAACGGGCAGGACUGUAGUUGUGUUUGGUCCUUUGCUCCAUUAAAUUUAGGUAUUUGGCAGUUUUAAAAAAUAACUAUAAGAAUGAGUGCAAAAUUUGAGUACAAUAAUAAUCACAAGCUUAAGCAUUUAGUCCCAGGUCUAUAAAAGAUUUGACUUGUCAUAGAGAUAAAGAUUUAUUCUUAAUGCUGCAUAAUAACUUUAUAAAGUUGUUACACCUCAAGUGUAAAAAAGCUUUCUAUUAACACUACAGCAGACACAGAAGAACAUCAACAUCGUUUAAGUUGUUUUUGAGUCCGGCUGAUGAAUGUAACUGUAUUGUAUUUACUCUCUUUUAGCUCUAUUUUUGGUCUCCGCCAACUAAAAGAUAAUUUCUUUUAGCUGCUAAAUGCUCCACUUUUUUCACCAGCAAGUCCUUAAGUGUUAAAGCCAGCAGGAGUCUGAGGUUCCAGUAGAAUCUCUUCUCUGCACAAGUGUAAACCGGUGUAAACAUCGAAUACAAUCCAACCCUUUACCACAGCAGCAUCCAGCACAACCAUCACUUGUAUAAAGACUGAGUCAGCCUGUGUGUCCGUGAGACAUCUUUAACAGACAUGUUAGAGUGAACAACAUACAAAGGUAGGAAUGUUUGCUGACUUUGUAAACUGUACAAACAGUGAAAUGACCACAGCAACAAAUCUGAAGAGACAGUUUGAGAAACGGAUGAGGCAUCUAAAGGCCUUACAAUUUAGGGUAGGGCUCUGUAUGUCUGUUAUGUUCAAAUAUAUUUGUAAUUUACUUCUUUUUUCCCAAAAGUGGCAGACUUAGUUUGUAAAGAUUAUUAAUGUUAGCUAGCUGGUUGUGUAGCCAGCACUAUGCAACUUAUCAGGAGGAUUCACUUUCAGCCAGUAUGCUGCCGUCUUUGAAUACAACCUAAUUUGCGCCACACCCGAUUCAUCACCCUGACCUCCACACUCUUCUGCUAUGUUCACUUUACGAGGGACCAACCGACCUAAUGGAGAGGCGUGACCAAGUACAGUGUGGAGGGUACAGGAAGUGUGGGAUCAGAGAAGGAUGACGCGCAGGAAGAGGUUUUAUAUACCAGAAUGGUUUAUUUUAACCCCUUUUCCAAAACCUAUCCAAGUAGGUUGUUGUGAAUCUAAGGAGAUUGCUGGCAGAGAAGCAAACGUCAAAGUGAAGGGGACCGCAGUUCAAGGCAGCUCAAUUUUAGAUUUAGAGUGGGUGACAGGCGUCAGUUUGUAUUUUCACGUUACAGGAUUACGAUGAAAACGACUUGUCACGUGAUGCGUUGUCGUUCGUGGCGUGAACAUAGCAUUACUUUCCACCUUGCCAUGGGGAAGGCGGGUCACCCAGAAGUUGGGGAAGGGUUCUAAUUGCCAAUCAAUUCCAGGCCAAACGAGCUGAUGAUCAUGGAAUUUCCAUUUAUCUGAUCUCAUGGCAACGGUAAAGUCCAGAGUGGAUUGAUCUAAUAUUUACAAUAUUGAGGGGCCUUUAUUUUGGACGUAUCCUAGAUUUAUGUCAAAUUAAGUAAUCUGCAUUGGACUACAAUGUCCUGAAGGUCAUUGUAAUCAUCGGAUUAUUUUAACACCACACUAACUGUAUUACUAAUAUACAUGCUCAUGCCCAAUCAUGUCCACUUGCAUAAAAGUCCCACUACCCGCAACUAAAAAGUACACCCAAUGUUUGCCCCAUAACUAAGUCUGCUGCUUUCAUCAUUAAAGAAAAACAUUAGAUGUUUCCUUCAUGAAGAAACUGAUCCUAAUUUCCAUUUUUUUGGCCUUUUAAUACGUCCAACACAAGAAUGUGGGACACUAGAGGAGGCCGCGUAUUCUCACACUCAUGAAUAGCAAUUCAUCUGUAAAUAACAACUACAAGUGUUUGGUGUCAUUGGUAGCACUGUAAUGAGAUUAUACAUCAAAGUUAUACAGACGUUAGUCUAAACUCCAGCCUAAGUGAGGUUAACGGGUUGUUGGGAAUACCAGAUAAGCACAUAAUUGUUGCACAUUUGUUGUGUGGAAUGAAGGUUUUUCUCGUCCAUCAAGUGUGUGAUAAGUGUUGAUUAGAUUUAAGGAUUUGAGAUGGUCAGUGAUACCUGCUGCAGUGUUUCUGUACACAGGUAGGGGCUGAUUCAUGUUUCUGCUGCUGCAAAUGAGGGACACUCUGCAUAAAACAUGGUGUUUAGACGUAUCUAAUGUGAAUCAUCAUAUCUGACGUGCUUUUUUUUUUCAUUUAUACACAUAUUUGCUUCAAUUAGUUAAUGAGUCACAACAAAGGGAGAACCAUGGACUUUUUUGUAACCUGCAGCUGUUUCAACUCCUCUUCGUUGUUUUCUUAUUCUCUGGAAUGAGACGUCUAUAAUUUCAAAUGAAACCAUUUCUGGACUUGAGGGUCAAAUAUGGAAGUAAAUCUGUGUCAUCGGGGGUUGAAAUAAAAAGGUGAUUGAAUUUCUCCUGAUCUUGAAUCUAGAAUCGAUUGCUCUUCCUUAGUGUCCCGGAUGUUGACGUCUCACGGCUGAAUGUUUUGGGUUGAAUAUUGUAACCAUGAUUUCUUUUGCGGCUGAAUAGUUUAACAGUGAUUUUUUUUAGGUUGAAUUUUUUUGCGGUGUUUUAAUGUUGAAAAACAUUCAGGUACAUAAUUUCAAUGCAUAAAUAUUCAGUGCUAGAAAUUCAAUCACCUUUUUAUUUCAACCCCCGAUGGCACAGAUUUACUUCCAUAGUCAAACCCACUAUUUUAUAAUAUGGGGGGUGUUAUUAACAUAUAAAUUAAUUUGAUUUUUGUCCUCUUUUGUCAGCAUUUAUUUUUGUAAUAUACAAUCAGUCGGUAUCAGGUAACGUUUUUUUUUCUUAUUUUUUUGAAUGAUAUGACUGAGGCGUGCUCCAUGUCUGUAGAGAUUGUCUGUGAAGGGUGUUAUAUAUUUAAACAGCAAUGCUUCAGUUCAAGAACAUGUUUUACUCAUCCACUACUUGAAAGAAAAUAUAUAUUCUCUGUAUUGAUUUAAUAAUUGAGUCAUUCAAAUGAAUUAAAGUAUCCAUUUGACAAAGUGAGUCUUGUUUUGAGUGGACUGCAUGUGGUUUUUUAUGUUAGGACUGGGCCAGAGCUAAAAGUGUACCAAUGUUUCCCCCCUUUGACCGAACCAAUGUGGUCAACAUAAGCGAGUCAAAAUGAGUUUUUAUUUGUUUAGUUGGAAACUUUGAUCUGACAACAUAAGAAAGACGCAAACACACACGCGUGUUAAAAUGAUUUCAAAAUGCACUUUUCCAAAAAUGUACCAAUUCUCACAAUACUCACAAAAUUAUAGAAAUGGAAAUAUCUGGUCUUUAAACUUGAGAAAUGCAAACAGAGAUUAUGUCAGCAGCAACCGCCUUCAGGUCGAUACUAUGCUGCCGGGUUUUAGGGAGUGUGGUCAGAGGUCGGAGGUCAAAGGUCAGGGAGCCUCUUCUGAACUGUGUAGAGGUUCAAAGAGGAGGACGGGUCAAGGGGAAUUGGUUAGAAAUUAUAUAUUUAGACGACAGUGUUUUUUGUUACUUGAAUUAAAUUAAAACAUAAACAAUCCUUACGAUGUGAAUAUCUACAUAGAAUGGAAAAUUAAUAUAAUUUCCUUAAAAAAAUAAGUCUGUGAUAUGAAACUGAGAUAUUUGAUUUGAAUAAGAGUGCUACACACAAAUGUAGUAAACUGCACAUAAUAAACCAUUCUAUUGCCCUCACUGUGUGGAUUUAUUAAUAUCUCCUACGGUAACUCAUAAUAACUACACCAGCAGAUCUGAUAUAUUAAUAAUGAUCACAAUAACAUUUAACCGAGCAACCAAAAUGAAACUAAUAAAAUGAUGAAAAACGUGUGUUUCCAUGUGGGGACCAGAAACAAGCGUCACAAGAAUGUAGGUCAGCGUGUAUGUAAAUUAGAAAGGUCAGAUGGCGUGCGCUGAGGGUAGCUGACCUCUGAACUCUCCCCCUUUUAGCUGCUUCAUGUCAUCAGCUGGUAACAAAAGAAAACCCGCAGGAGUCAAAAAUUGGAUUUGAAACACGCCUUGGUAAUCUCCCAGAAAGGGAUUAUCCUUCUUUUGAACAGAAUCAUUUUUAAACAAUCAUUUUGGAAAUUGUAUCGUUUGGUGUUUGGUAAAAUAUAAUUAUAAUAAUUCAACAACGCUGUCAAUUUGAUUCAAGAAACAUGUAUAACUGUUUUUUUCCUGCAAUCAAAUGAGUGUCAUUUGUCAUCUUUUUUAUGUUAUAGUGUUAUUAGCCUUUUUUAUAUAAAAAGGAUUUAUCAUGAACUGGCAGAAACAUUUGAAAGGAUGAAACUUUAUUGAUCACCGUGGGAGAAUAAUGUCACUGCUGAAACAUGAUGAUUAAAAAGAUUUGUUUACGAG